AUGAAGGUCAAUCUUCUGAUCAGCAAGGAAGAAAAACAAGUUAUGUUUCUCGAGGCUGGGAAGGAUUUUGUCGAUCUUCUCAUGUCACUCCUUCGUAUGCCGGUUGCGAGUUUGCUGAAACUGCUCAAGGAGACCAGAGUUUUGAACCAAGGUCCUAAAGUCGGCAUUUUCAACGUUUAUUCUAGCACCGACAAGCUAGAAAAGUCAUACCUGAUGGUGGAGAAGGAUGUUCUCCUGAAUCCCUCACCCACGGAGCUGUCCUCUCAACCGCGAUUCCUUCGCUGCCAGGAGGCCGGUUACUAUACUUGUCCAACUGCAAAUCAUUGGUAUAUCUCGCUAGCUCCAGGUCUGAAGUGUGCCAGCUGUCAGCAGAUCAUGACCCAGGCGGUGAAGACGAUGGGCGGAGAGAACUUGAAUGCUUCACAGGCGUUGUACACAUGUGCUCAGCGUCACAGGGUGGGAAAUACAGCAACAAGUGUGUGCCCUGACUGCUCUGUUGCCUUGGACAAGCGUUUGACUCGUGCUGAUAACGUUCAGGCACAACAGCUUCCCAGAGGCUUUGUCAAGGAAACAGUGACUUUCAUGGUCAAGGAUGACCUUGAAUUCUUCCCCAUCUCCAUUAUCAAGAGCAUCACAGGGCUGAGCAGCAUGGGUGUGAAGAGCUUUGCUGAUAUGGAAAGCAAAGAGAUUGUUGUGACCAACGACCAAGCAUUGGCGCUUGUCCAAGCUGCGCUGGCAUCAACUACGGCUCUGAAUGAUGUGUUUGGGAGUGUUGCUGGACGCAAAAGUGGUGAUGUUCCUAGCGCAUCGGGCAUCAGUGGUGGUGUUCGUAGCACAUCGGGCAUCAGUGGAGUGGCUCGAAGCGCUUUUCUUUGGAGCCACUACUCCAUCAGCCUAUCAGUUCAAUUGCCUGAGAGCCCAAGGGGGGCAAGACCUUCCAUUUCCCAGUUCAAGCAGGAUCUGAAUGGGGCAGUCGGGGCAAGCGGACUAACAAUUGUGUUUGACCUUCAAAAUUGCAAGUACAAGCGCACAAAUAAUCUAGCAGAUUUUCAGGGUAUUGGCGACAAAUACCAGUACAGCAUGCCUUAUACCUUGCUGAUGCAUUAA